AUGGGGAAGAGGCGCCGCGGCAGCACCUCAAGCGAAAGCGAUGGAGGCCACGGUAGUGCUUCGAAUCAACGGGGGAAGUAUGGGGCAACAAUGGCGUCUGCCGCACGACCUGCAAGGCCUGUGACAGUGCAAGAGCUGCGCGCGGAGAGGAAGAAGCUGCUAAGUGAACACUUCGGCUACAGCAACGACAACAACCCGUUUGGUGAUCGUUUGCUGGCUGAGCCCUUCGUGUGGAAGAAGAAGAAUUUGCUGCUGCAAGCAGCAGGAAAGAAACAUGCGACAACUGUCAACGCGCUACUGACGACAUCCGUCAGCAAAGUGCAAGAAAUCAAGAGCGUUAAGAAACGCAGAGAAGAACGUGAAGCAGAAGAGCAGCUGAUGCAGGCGCAGCGAGAGGAGCUACAGCGCGAGAAGGAGAGGGAGCACUUCCAGGACUACUUUGAAAAAGAAGAAGUAUUUCACAGGCAAAUGCACUUAAGGAAGACGGAAAUUAGGGCAGAACAAAACAGAGAACAACCCAUCGACUUUAUCGUCAAAGGGCUGCGCAUGCUCAAUGGAGAAAAAUUCGAAAAAGUAUCUGUACUUCCGGUCCCUCCUCAUGAAGUGUUUGACUCCUUCAACAAAGAACCAAUGACAGUGCCAAUGAUAGAGGAAAUGCUGUCGGACGUGAAGCUGCAUAUCGGGGUGGAUACGACUGCAGUGGAUAAAGACUACCAGGACUUCUGGCAGGCGUUGCUGGUGUUGACGAAAGACGCUCUAGAAAAGGCAGAGCGGAAGAAAAAGGUGCUUGAGGAACUCCGCAAAAACUCCUCUGCAGAUGCUGCAGCACAAGCAGCAGCCAUUCUAGCCAACAACACUUCAGUAGGAGAUGUGCGAGACACAGAAUCCGGCAUUGCCGUGGGCGUCGCCUCGGAUAUUACAGCAAUUCUCAGCGGAAAGACACCCGAAGAACUCGACGCGCUCAAAGAAAGCAUCAAGAUCAAACUUGAAACCGAAGAAGAUGUAGACUCAGCUUACUGGGAAGCAAUUCUCCAGAAGAUCCCCUUGUUCAGGGCGAGGGCGAUCUGCUUGAUGUACCAUCAACGGAUUCAGCAGAAGGCAGCAGAGCUGGACCAUCAGCUGAAGUGCGAACGGGCAGCGGCGGAGGCGGAGCAGCUGAAGGCGCGUGCGGAGGAAGCAGGGCUGACAGACGACUUGUUGUUGGCGACAGAAGAAGAGGCACGUCAGCAACAGAAAGUGCAGCAAAUACAGGAACAGGCGAAACGUAUGGCGCGCGUCGUGGAGAAGGAGAUAAACCCUGGGGCGGACGGGAGCUACUCGCCAGAACUUGAACCGUACGAAGAUGAGGCAGAGGCUCCCAAACCCAGGGGCCCCUAUUCACCUCUCUUGUACCCCUUUGAUGAAUUCCGCAUGGAAACCAACAUCUUGCACCCUGACGAGGAACUUGAACAGCGAAUGGCUGAACGGAAGAUCGCCAAGCAUCGCGAACGCGAAAGGCGGCUGAUUCAGCUGGGUCUAGACAAGGAGAAAAAUACACCGGAGGAGGAAGACGACGAGGAGAUCUUAGAUCCUGCAGCGAAGAUCGUGACGUACGAGGAUUUCGUGCGCAAGGAACAGAAAAAUGCAAGUCCGGACGAAGAGGUCCUUGCAGACUCAUCUGAAAUGAAGCUGAAACAGCACUACGGGUGGGAGGAGAAAUACCGACCCAGAAAACCACGUUUUUUCAAUCGUGUGCGUACGUGCUAUUUUUGGAACAAGUACAACCAGACGCACUACGAUCACGACAACCCUCCCCCAAAGAUCGUGCAGGGGUACAAGUUCAACAUCUUCUACCCGGAUUUAAUCGACAAGACAAAGACCCCAACGUGGACUCUCGAGCCGUCGGAUACUCCAGACACUAUCAUCGUGCGCUUCCAUGCAGGUCCACCCUAUGAAGAUGUCGCAUUCAAGGUUUUGAAUCGCGAAUGGCAUUUAGAACGAUUCAGAGGGUUUCGCAACGUAUUUGACCGCGGUAUCAUGCAGUUGUACUUCAGCUUCAAAAAGUACUGUUACCGGCGAUAA